UCCCAUAAACCUUAGCGAUUCCACCCCAAAAUUAUGUCGACAGAACCAACGAGCACAACAACCACCACCGAACCCUUCAAACCCUACAAUCUCUCCCAAACCCUAACCGGCCACAAAAACGCCAUCUCCUCCCUCAAAUUCUCCUCCGACGGCCGCCUCCUAGCCUCCUCCUCCGCCGACAAAACCCUCCGUACCUACGCCCUCUCCUCCGCCGCCAGCGCCACCACUCUCUCUCCUCUCCAUGAAUUCUCCGGCCACGAUCAAGGCGUCUCCGACGUUGCCUUCUCCUCAGACUCCCGCUUCCUCGUCUCCGCUUCCGACGACAAAACCCUCCGUCUCUGGGACGUCCCCACCGGCUCCUUAAUCAAAACCCUCCACGGCCACACCAACUAUGUCUUCUGCGCCAACUUUAACCCGCAAUCUAACAUGAUUGUUUCGGGUUCUUUCGACGAAACGGUGCGUGUUUGGGACGUGAAAACGGGAAAAUGUUUGAAAGUUUUACCGGCUCAUUCGGAUCCAGUGACAGCCGUUGAUUUUAAUCGAGAUGGAUCCCUCAUUGUUUCGAGUAGUUAUGAUGGGCUUUGUCGGAUUUGGGAUGCUGGAACUGGACAUUGUAUGAAGACUUUGAUUGAUGAUGAGAACCCACCUGUUUCAUUUGUUAAAUUUUCGCCUAAUGGGAAAUUUAUUCUUGUUGGGACACUGGAUAAUACUUUGAGGCUUUGGAACUUCGAAACUGGGAAAUUUUUGAAAACUUACACUGGCCAUGUGAAUUCAAAGUACUGCAUUGCAUCUACUUUCUCUAUCACGAAUGGGAAGUAUAUUGUUAGUGGUUCUGAAGAUAACUGUGUAUACUUGUGGGAACUUCAGUCCCGGAAGGUAGUUCAGAAGUUGGAAGGUCAUAGUGAUGCUGUUAUUUCAGUUGCAUGUCACCCCACUCAGAACAUGAUCGCAUCUGCUGCACUGGGCAAUGACAAAACUGUUAGGAUCUGGACUCAGGAGAACGAAUGAUCUGCUUUGGUAAUGCCAGUUGUUUAACAUAAUUCAGCUUGAGACGCUGGUGAAGAUUUUGAUUCCAGGGUAGACCAACUUGCAUGCAUGACAUUCUUCAUUGUACCUGAAUUCACUAAUGAUUAUCUUUGAGCCUCUGUAUCCACUAGCACCCCUUUGAGAUCAUGUGUUAAAUUUUUUUUUUUUUUUUUAACUUUUUUGGGGAUCACUAGAUUAGUAGCUUCAAAUGAACUUGUUUGUCCAUAAUUGUUAAUGUAUCUUUUGGCAUUAAGGGUAGGUACA